CCGUCCAAAUCUGCUCGAAAUCUCAAUGAGAUGGAGAUAGCAAAUGAGUUGGAUAAAUUAUCAGCAAAGUUGGACAACGUAGAUGAGAUGAUAUCCUCCGCAAUGGCUGCAGACCCGCAGGUCCAGUCGCUCUUAAGUAGUACAGCUGAUGUAUGGAUGCCAGUUAUUACUGCCACUUCUGAUGACAGGCGUGAUUUUACAGCGACUGUUGGAGAAGAUAACCAUGAAGCCAAGGGUAAAGAUUCUGAGUAGUUCCUCUAUUUAUAAAUAUAAUGAGAUUUCUUUGCGAACGUCAAUAGAUGCAUUUCUUUUAGUAUAGCCCACCAAACGGCAGUAGGAUAUGCAUUUGGCAAUUCAUGUAAGAAUUCAUCUUAUAGUGUAACUGGAAUACAUGCUUCAAUUUGAAAAUUAGAUGUGUGCUUGUGCUA